AUGGAAAUUGAAAACAAUCUUGGUAUUGGUGAUAUGCCUUACUAUUAUAGAUUUGUAAAUGAGAUUAAAGAUAAUAAACUUUCUUGGUUAGAUAUAAAUUUGGACAUUCCUUACAAAUUAAAUAACUCUAUUUUUGAAGCAAUAAGACUUAAUGAAUUAUUGGCUACUAGUACAGAAAUAUGUAAAAAUAAAACUAUUCUUGAUGAAACUUAUGAUGAUUAUUAUUAUUGUUGGGAUGAAAAAUAUUUCAAUGAUAAAAAAUUAUCAAGAAAAGCAGUAUAUUUUUCUGGCCACAAUGAAACAAAGAUUUUAUUUGGUCAAAGAUUAAAAAUAAUUCAAUGGUAUGCAUUUUUAAUGGAAAAUAAUCCUGUCAUUGAUACAUUACCUGGAGACACAAAUUUUAAGGCUGUCGAUGAGAUGGCAAAUGGAAAUCUUGAUGUAGGAAGUAUGAUAUCAAUUUUUCAUAAUGAUAUAUUAUUGAUAACAAGACUUGAACCAUAUUCAGAUAAAUUUAUCGAUAAAGAAGCAGCUUAUUUUAAAGCUAUUGAUAUUAUUGAAUAUUUAUUGCCAUUUUUAAAAACAAAAUUUUUACAAAUUGAAAUAAAAAUUGGUGGAAAAAAUACUUCCGACAUUAUAUUUAAAUGGUACUCUUUAUUAUACAAAUUACAUUUUAAAUAUAACUUCAAAAUUUUUGGUGCAAACUCCAAUGGAUAUUGUAAUCGAAAUUACAAAGGAAAUUGUAUAUAUCAUGUUAGUUUUGUUAAAGAUAAUUAUACUACGAAUGUUCCAAUAUUUGGAUUUGGAAGUAACGAUGAAGAAAGGAAAAGAUUAAUAGCAUAUAUUUAUCAACUUCCAUCUCAAUGCAAACAGCCACUGGCUUGUAAUUCCUGUUAUAAAGGAAAUACCUCCAAUAGUGACAUAAACACUAAUGAUGGUAGUUAUUUAAGUAAUGAAGAACUACUGAAAUCAUUAAUGAGCGAAGAAAAAUGUACUAUUAUUGAUUUUAGAGAAAUGACAUGGAGAAUGAUAGAUAUCAUUUUAAAUGACUGCCAAAGAAUAAAGAGACUAGCCUUGAAAAUACAUGUAUGGUUUGGUGAAGAAGGUAAAAACUAUAGAAGAUAUUAUGGAUACUUCAAAAAACUAGAAAAAUGUGGCCUCGACAUAUUCUUACACAGUAAUCCAAACCCAUAUACUUUUGUAAUAAUACUUUACCGUUCUGUUAAUUAA